GGAGCCACACCUCAGAGGGAGGCUGACAGAGCUGCAGCUGCUUCACUGCUUCAGUCCUGCUGCUCUGCUGACUGGAAGCUCGUCUCUGGUUCAAGCGGAAGAUGCAGCUCUGAAUUUGGAUUUAAAACACAAGCUUUGGAUUUUUGAAACAGAUUUUAAGGAAAUACAUCUCGUUCUUCUUCGCCUCUUGAGGAUCCAGUAAAUCGCCUGAUUUCAUAUCCCGGAACUUUUUUGAAGUCUUUAGUCUGAGGUGGGGUAUACUUGGGGAUAUUAGUCCACUGAGUGUCGGUGCAGUUUCUGGUCUGAAUGCCCCAGGAUUAUCCUCAGGCUGCGCUUCCUCCUCCGGCCUGCAGGGCGGCAGCAGAGAGUGGCAGCCGGCCGCUGGACAGGCGGAGCAUCGGCAUGAGCGACUUCUGGCACAAGAUGGGCUGCUGUGUGGUGGCCAAACCGCCGCCGAAGAAGAAGAGGAGGAAGAUUGAUCGCAGCAUGAUCGGAGAGCCGACCAACUUCAUCCACCUCACGCACAUCGGCUCUGGAGAGAUGGCAGAAGGCCUGCAACCGUCGGGGUCGGUGCAGGAGCAGAUGAGGUCUAAAGGCCCAAACAUGAACGGCAGGAACAGCCUGUUAUAGCUGGAGUGUAUGAAAUGAACCCAGACCAGCUGACUGACCUCCUCCUCCUCCCUCUGAACCUCUGAGCCUCUCCUCCACCAUCCGACCGCCAGCCGGAGGCCUCGACGGCACCUCCUGCCCUGCUGAAGUGACCUUGAGCGAACCACCUGCAGGGGGCGCUGUCCUGGCCUGGAAAAAGCCAGAUUUCACUGUGGAAAUUCAGUUUUCGUGAAAUGUGGCCGCCCAGCUGUCCGCUUUCGUACAUCGACUUUUCAUUUUAUUUUUAUUGUUUAUUAGCCAAGACUGAAAAUCAGCGCCUGCUGUUAAAAACCAUCCAACCAGACGGAGAAUCCUGCCCUGCUGAGGUGUUUUUUUACAUCCAACAAACCACCAGCUCUGGAUCUGAUCCUGUAAAAAAAAAUCAAAAAACCCCACAAAGACAAGGACCGAAUCUCCCAGCAUGCCUCUGAGCUUUACCUACUGUCGCAUUUUACCACAUUAAACACUUUUAUUAUCGAACUCACUAUGAAAGAAAGAAUUUGGUUCGGAUAAUUAGACAUGCUGUUUACUAUUAGAAGGCAGACUUGGUCGUGGUUUCCCCCCGUCAGUAUUACAAUAAACAGGCAAAUGGCAUCAAUGGACUCCAUUUCCCAGCAUCCUUUUCUAGUCAUGAUUCCCAAUAAACGACAGAAUGUCUGUAAUUUUAGGAUCAAAAGUGUUAAAUCCCUCACAGAUUUUUUUUUUUUAAAAUGACUACAUUUCCCAGGAUUCAUUGGGACAUUUUCCGGACUGGAGUGUUUCCUACCUGGACUUCAUUCCCCAGGUUACUUCAUUCUGCUCAACGCUCAGCUUUUAAAGGAUUAUUACACUUUUUUUUUUCUUGCUGUUUUUCCAGCCUUUGCAUUUGUUCAGGGAUCACAUGGCCACAGUGAUGACAUCAUCGAACUUUAUUUCCCAGGAUGCCUCAGUGUGGCCAGCCCCACUGCUGGUGCUGAAUGAUGAAAGACUCUUGUUUUAGGAGAUGGGAAAGUCCCAUGAAUCCCUGCUACACUGGACUGUGUGUGUGUGUGAGUGUGUGUGUGUUUAAUACUCCCAGUUUAAAUAUAGACGUCGCUCCACUGAACUCUGAGAGGACACACAGUUCAAAAGUCCCAUUAGAAAACAACCCAGUUCUGUAAAAGUUCUUUGUUUCCACUUUAGACGCGUCUUUUUUGCUGCAGAAUUAUUCCUCCCGUCACUCGACUGUUCAAACUGCGGUCGGCGGGCCCUAAACGGGUCUUCAGCCGACACAUUUCUGUUCCUGAAGUGACACGUGGAGAUACUUUUGUUUAAAACAUUUCAUGCUGCAUCUGGUGUUUGAUCAAGUGUUUUCCUGCUUUUUAUUGUGAGUGUUUUUUAAGACAGAUGUUUUUCUGCUGUUUUAAUUCAUCUGCUCCUGAUUCAAACGUUCUCAAACUUUAGGAUGUUUUGGUUGACAUGUGGGUGGAGUUGUUUAAUGGACUCACAGAUAAAAAAUACUUUUAAUAUAUUCCUAUAAAAAUGAAA